ACCAGGUAUGGCAUGCUCAGGUAGAAAAUGUAAAAUUUAGUUCUUCGUGUGCUUUUGCGUUACAAUAUCACAGAAAGACGGAUUUCGAACAAAAUUUUAGAUUACGAAGUGAACGAAAACGAUAACACAUUACCGCUGCACGAACGGUUUUAGACGGAAAAGCGCGUUUUUUCAUCAACAACUGAUGAUGACAGUGAGUGUCAAUAAUUCUGUUUUGCCAAAAAAAGCCAAGAUGCGCUUUUGAGAAAAAGAAGAAGUUCUGAAGAAGCAAUGCCAAUUGGAUAAAAAUAAAGAAAAUUUUUGAAGAGAAUAAGAAAAGGUUAAAGAAUAGAGUUCGAAAAUUCCAAGUGGAAUAAAAUUGUAAAUGAAAGAAAUUGUUGAAGGUGAUUAUGAUUAAAAAAUUGAUAAUUACAUGCAAUGAAAAUAUUUGAAAAUGUUGGAAAAUAUUGCAAAAAUAUAUUCAAAUUUAUAAAAUUUAAAGUGUAAACAAAUAGAAAAAGAAAAUAAUUUUUUUUUGUGGAAAAUUGCAACAAAAAUCUUCAAGCGAAAAUAUUUAUAGCAAAAUAUAUACAACAAAAAUUAUAGCUUCUACAAUAGCCAGAAAUCCUGCCAGCAAACAAACCAACCAACCAGCCAGCCAGCCAGCAAUCCAUCCAGCUAGCCAGCCAGCCAUCCAGCCACAACAACACCAAACCAACAGAGCCUAAGAAAAAAAGUUAAGAAAAAGCAAAAAAAAAAUUAAAAGGCGAAAAGAAAUAUUUUUCAACGAGUCAAACGGGUUCUUAACGCUCUACACACAGUGAAAUAUAGCAACAACAAAAAAAUAAAGAAAAAAUAUAUAUAUCCAGCAACAAAAACAACUUUAAACAACUAAAAGUUGCCAGCAAGUUUGGUGUUUAUAUUCAGUGUUUGUUUGUUUGGUUUGCUUGAUUUUGUUUUUUUUUCUCUGCUCUGCACGUUACUGGCUUUCUGGCUGGGGAAAAAUUGGAAAAAUAAUACAAAUACAACAGCAAACAAAUCUACAAAAGGAAUACAAUCAAUUUUUGUUUUGCGAGAAAAUUCCUCCCCCCAAACCACCAUCAACACGGCCAGGCAGAACAACGAAAUUUGCGAAAAAAAAUGUAGUGCCAGCUAAACAACAGCCUUACAACAAAUAAAACGAAAAAAAAGAAGAUUCUGUCUCGUGUUCCGUAGAAAAAAUCACAAACAUUUUUUCACACAAAAAAUGCCGCAAUGAUUCCAUUUUCCAAUAAAAACAACAGCAGCAAGAAAACCACCAUGAAUCUUCAAUUAGAUUUUCCGCUGAAGAGGGUUUAAAAGCCACGAACUGCAUAAGCUCCCCCAGAAAAAAAUACCGCAAGCAACAAAACCUCCCCCUAGCUUAAGUAGCUUUUGUGGCUCUUGGAGGACAAAGAGCAGAAGCUACUUAAAAACACCAAUAGUUUUAUCAUCAACCCAAAAGAAUUCGAAGGAAUUUUUCGAAUAACAAAACAAUUUUUAAGAUUAAGAGAGGAUAACACAACAACAAAUAUGACUGAAUUACAUAAUAAGGCCACAACAACAACAACAGAAAAUGUUACAAUAAAUCCAACCAGCCAACAACAUAUUAACAUGAAUCACAGAUUUCGAAGAAGAGUUGAAGAAGUGAAAUCGGAACAUAGUCGGAGAUUUAAAACUAGCCCUCUUGCCCUCACUUCUUCAACAUUCCUGUCACUGUCCUCAGCAUCUAACAGUCAUAGGCCUUGGCCAUUUUUAUUAGUAUUAGGCCUUAUUUUACAAUUGCCAUGGAUGGCCAGAGCAGAAUUGGAUCGCAAAUUAGAUGUCUCGGAAGGUGUUCCCGUGGGCCAUCAAAUUGGUUACAUUGGCGAACAAUUGCCAGGGGUGGACAGUGGCCCACCCUACCUAAUUGUACCCGUGCCAGGUAGCGGUGUGGACACGGAUUUGGCCAUUGAUCACACCACCGGUGAAAUACGGACAAAAGUGCGUUUAGAUCGUGAAACUCGGGCCUCCUAUAGCCUGGUGGCCAUACCACGCAGUGGUGAAAAUGUGCGCGUUCAAAUACGAGUGCUCGAUGAAAAUGAUAAUGCUCCCACUUUUCCAACUGCGGUUAUGAAUAUUGAAUUUCCGGAAAAUACACCACGCGAUGUUAAGAGGACGUUAAAUCCGGCUCGCGACAUGGAUCUCGGUCGUUACAAUACGCAGCGUUAUAAUAUCGUGUCGGGUAAUACGAACAAUGCUUUUCGCCUAUCAUCGCAUCGGGAACGGGAUGGAGUGUUAUAUUUGGAUUUACAGAUCAAUGGCUUUUUGGAUAGGGAAACCACGCCAUUUUAUAGUCUGGUCAUUGAAGCUCUGGAUGGGGGCACCCCACCGCUGAGGGGCCAGAUGACAGUGAACAUUACCAUACAGGAUGUGAAUGACAAUCAGCCGAUUUUUAAUCAAAGUCGUUACUUUGCAACGGUGCCGGAAAAUGCCACAGUGGGUACCAUGGUCCUACAGGUCUAUGCCACAGAUGCCGAUGCCGAGGAAAAUGGUUUGGUGGAGUACUUCAUAAAUCGGCGACAAAGUGACAAGGAACAAAUGUUUCAAAUUGAUGCCCAGACUGGUUGGAUUUCGGUAAAUAAACCCCUGGAUUUUGAGACGAGGGAGUUACACGAACUGGUGGUGGUGGCCAAGGAUCAUGGGGAGACGCCCCUUGAAACCACAGCCUUUGUUUCGAUACGGGUCACCGAUGUCAAUGACAAUCAGCCCACAAUAAAUGUGAUUUUUCUCAGCGAUGAUGCCACCCCGAAAAUCUCGGAAUCUGCUGAACCUGGGGAUUUUGUGGCCCGCAUUUCGGUGCGUGAUCCCGACUCCAAAACCGAGUACGCCAAUGUCAAUGUGACCCUUAAUGGGGGAGAUGGUCAUUUUGGUUUGACCACACGGGACAACAUAAUAUAUCUGGUGAUAGUCAAUAUGACCUUGGAUCGGGAAAUCACCCCCAAUUACACCCUCUCCGUGGUGGCCACGGAUAAUGGCACACCCCCUCUACAUGCCUCGAAAACAAUUUAUUUACGAGUCACAGACAUAAAUGACAAUGCCCCCGAAUUCGAGAAAUCCAUUUAUCAGGCAAAUGUCAUGGAAAUCUCAGAUCCUGGCACCUCUGUGCUCCAGGUCUAUGCCUAUGAUCGGGAUGAGGGCAAUAAUUCGGCAGUGACCUAUAGUCUUUUGGAUACACCCGAUACCCAUUCACAAUGGUUUCAAAUUGAUACCUACACGGGAGUGAUAACUACGAGGACCCACAUCGAUUGCGAGACGGAACCAGUGCCGCAGCUAACCGUAUUGGCCCAUGACAAUGGCCAUCCGCCAAUGUCAUCGACGGCCACAGUUUUGGUUACCAUACACGAUGUCAACGAUAAUGAACCGAUUUUCGAUCAGAGUUUUUAUAAUGUCACCGUGGCGGAGAACGAGGCGAAGGGAAGGUGUAUUUUAAAGGUGUCAGCUAAUGACCCGGAUUGCGGUGUAAAUGCCAUGGUUACAUACACAAUGGGUCCACUGUCGAGACCAAUUAACGAAUUUGAAGUCCGUCCAGCGUCUGGUGAAAUUUGUAUUUCUGGCGAUUUGGAUUAUGAAAAGAAGAGUGUCUAUGAAUUUCCCGUUGUGGCCACCGAUAGAGGUGGUUUAAGUACAACAUCCAUUGUGAAAAUUCAACUAACCGAUAUCAAUGAUAAUCGCCCAACAUUCUAUCCAGCCCAGUAUAAGGUCUCACUGCGUGAUUCAUCAGCAUCAUCGUCGUCAUCAUCUUCAUCGCCAUCAUCAUCGUCGUCAUCAUCUGCUGCAGCUGGCUCGGCAGCAGCCGCUGCCACCAUGAAUGCCCAGACACCGAUUGUCACCGUUAUGGCUACCGAUCCGGAUUCGGGACGUUUUGGUGCCCUCACCUAUCGCAUUGUUGGCGGCAACGAUGUCGGCCUCUUUCGCAUCGAUCGUGCUACGGGUGAAAUUUUUGUAAAUCGCCCCAAUAUGUUAUCGACGCGCACGCAAUCUCAGCAACAACAUGUGUUGAAUGUAUCGGCCAGCGAUGGUGGCGGAUUGAGGACACAACACGACGCACUGGUAUAUGCGAACAUAAUUGAUGCCACGCAAAGACCACCAAUAUUUGAAAAAUUACGUUAUAAUUUCUACGUAAAAGAGGAUGUCAUGCGUGGCACUGUUGUGGGUACAAUACAGGCGACGAGCACAGAUGCAGUUAAUCGCAAUGCCGUCCAUUACUCCAUCUAUGCUGGCAAUAAUGAGGGAUAUUUUACAAUCGAUGAAAAUUCUGGCAAUAUACGAGUGGCCAAUCCCUUGGAUCGGGAAAUGAAGUCCCAUGUGCUGUUAAAUAUACAGGCGACCAUGAGUCAUACUUCGCAUCAAGGAUAUACGCAAGUCAAUAUUAUAAUCGAAGAUGUUAAUGACAAUGCACCCGAAUUCGAAACGAAUAUCAUACGCAUCUCAGUUCCUGAAAAUUUCGAAUUGGGCAAACCUUUGUAUGCCGCUUAUGCUAAUGACAGGGAUUCUGGUAAAAAUGCUGAAAUCUCAUAUAUAUUGACAAUGUUAACAACGACAGACACUUUCAACAAUGUCACGAUGUCUUCAGCCAAGACGACAGCAGCCACGGCCACAACAGGCCCCGGUGGAGCAUCUUCUCAGGCGAAUGCAUCAUUGCAGCCACAAAAUAAUCAAGGUACUGGCUUAAAAACUGUACUGGGUACAGCUUCGAGUCAGACAUCUGCAUAUGGCGGUUCUACGGCUGGAAUUGGAGGUGGUAGUGGUGGUGGCGGUGGCAGUGGUACUGGCGAUAGUGUCAGUGGCAGCAGCAGCAGCAGCAGUGGUAGUAGUGGCAGUGGCAUUGGUUCUAAGUUACAAAAUCUUUUUGCUAUCGAUGCACGUUCGGGCCACCUAACAUUGUCACGACACUUGGAUUACGAAACUUCACAGAGACAUACGUUAAUUGUCACUGCCAUGGACGCUGGGCAGCCACGUUUAUCAAGCAAUUUAACCAUUGUCGUGGAAGUACAGGAUGUCAAUGAUAAUCCGCCAGAAUUUGAACGUAAUGAGUACCAUGUAAAAGUGUUGGAAUCAAUGCCAGUUAAUUCACAGAUUGUACAAGUGACAGCUGUAGAUGCAGAUACCGGUAACAAUGCUCGCAUCACUUAUCGCAUUAUCACCAACAACAACAACGGCCAAUUGCAGUCGGGAAAUGGUACCCUCAUGAAAAAUGCCAAGAAACAGAACAACAACAACAAGUUACUUUCAUCCUCCAUAGGCACCCAAACCUCAUCCACCUCAUCCUCCUCCUCCACAGCAUCGGCGGGGGAUAAUGAAAUUUCACAAAUUUUUGGCAUUUAUCCAAAUAGCGGCUGGAUUUAUUUACGUUCGCCGCUGGAUCGCGAAACACGUGAUCAUUAUGAACUACAUGUGGUGGCCAGCGAUAAUGGGUCACCGCCAGCCCAGACCAGCACACGUGUGGUGGUUCGCGUACUGGAUGCCAACGAUAAUGAUCCACGUUUUCUGCGCCCCUCAUACGAGUUCAGCAUCGAGGAGAACAUGAGCCGCGGCUCGCUGGUGGGCAUUAUUGGUGCCACCGAUUUGGAUUUGGGCGAGAAUGCGGCCAUCAGAUAUAGUUUAUUGUCGGCGAAUAGUUCAUUUCAAGUUAAUCCAUUGACGGGUGAAAUAACCACUCGCGAACCGCUGGAUCGUGAAGUCGCCGCUGUCUAUGAAUUGGUUGCCGAGGCUCGCGACCAAGGUACACCGUAUCGCAGUUCACGCGUUACUGUCAAAGUCCAUGUAACCGAUGUCAAUGACAAUCAACCGAAAAUUGUCGAUCCGCAAGAGGAUGUGGUCAGCGUGCGCGAAGAACAACCGCCCGGCACUGAGGUGGUUCGCAUACGUGCCGUCGAUCGUGAUAAUGGCCAGAAUGCAUCGAUCACUUAUUCGAUAUUAAAAGGUCGUGAUUCGGAUGGCUUUGGUCUGUUUAGCAUAGACGCCAACACGGGUGUCAUUCGCACGUUGGUCGUGUUGGAUCACGAGGAGCGUAGCAUCUAUCGUUUGGCCGUAGCGGCGACGGACGGUGGCAAUCCGCCAAAACAAUCGAUACGUUUGCUGCGUGUUGAGGUGUUAAAUUUGAAUGACAAUCGGCCAACGUUUACCAGUUCGAGUCUAGUGUUUCGGGUCCCUGAAAACGCCGCCAUUGGCCAUGUAGUUGGCUAUGUAGAUGGCACAGAUGGUAGUAAGCGGAACAUGAUAUUCAACGAAGACAAUCUUUAUAUAACCUAUACCGUGACAGCGGUCUCCAAAGAUUUCAUAGAGGGAGCUUUUGACAUAGAUCGCCAUACGGGGUCAUUAGUUGUGGCUCGACAACUGGAUCGUGAAGAACAAUCCGAAUUUCGUCUAGAGGUGCGAGCUCUCGACACCAGUGCCAGCAACAAUCCCCACAGUAGUGCCAUUGCUGUGAAAAUCGAAAUAACCGAUGUCAAUGAUAAUGCACCCAUAUGGACUGAAGACCCAAUUCGAAUACAAACCAGCGAAUCGACAGCCCAGGGCUCGGUGCUAUAUAAUUUCACUGCCACAGAUAUGGAUACAGGGUUGAAUGGACGUCUGCAAUAUAAAUUACUUAAAUACAGUCCAAAGAGUAUAAACUUAGGAGGGGAUGGCAAUCCAGUGUCUCCCAUGGAACAACCCGAUCUUUUUAUGGUAGACAUACUAACGGGAGGCCUAACCCUGAUGGGUCCAUUGGACUAUGAAACCAUCAAGGAAUACAUACUCAUUGUUCAGGCCUAUGAUUUGCCAGAGAAUAAAAGUGAACGGCUGCAUAGCACAGUGACAGCUGUCGUAGAAGUCUUAGAUGAAAAUGACAAUGAACCGGAAUUUGUUAUACCCUCAGUGCAAAAGGAGAAUCGUAAUCGUUAUGGAGUGAUAAGUAAACAAGAAAUACCCUCAGCUGUUAUAACCAUAACGGACAGCAAACGUAUUGGGGAUCAGUUGCUACAAAUUGUGGCCACCGAUAAAGAUUCCAACAAUAAUGGUCGGGUCUCAUAUGCCAUUGAGAAUGGCAAUGAGUUGGGUUACUUUCGCCUGAACUCGGAAUCGGGGUCCUUGGAUCUUGUCAAGACUCUACCACCCUUAAGUUCGUCGAGUAAUUCCGAUAAUCGUUUGCCUGUAACAACUUUGAAUCGUAAUAAAUUCGAGUUGUUGGUAAAGGCCCAAGAUCAUGGUGAUUUGGAAAAGAAAUCAUCGCGAAUGAAAUUGGAGAUUCUGAUACGUGGCACCAAAUCAAAUCCACCACGGUUUACUCAGUCCAUGUAUUAUGCAAAUAUUUCGGAAAACUCACCAGCUGGAAGCUUUGUGCUGCAAGUUACGGCAAAGUCGCUAAAUGGUGGGGAAAAUGCAAAUCUCACCUAUGAGAUACCAACAGGUGUCGCCGAUAAUCAUUUUCAUGUUGACACCCAACGUGGCAUUGUCACAACACGCGGCCAAUUUGAUCGUGAAACAAAAGCUUCAUACAUUUUGCCAAUUUAUGUUUACGAUGCCAAGCGUUUAAAUGCCAAUCUAAUGACAGCUGCAGCCGGCAUUGGAGGAACAACAGCAGCAGGAGCAGCAGCCGUUGCUCGUCGCCAGCAACGUUCAUCGGUGAAUGAGGCGGCAACGGCACAAAAUGGCCAAUUUGAUGUUGCCACUUUGCAUAUAACCAUAACUGACGUUAAUGAUCAUGCACCGGAAUUUAGACCGGGCUCAUGUUAUGGUCUAUCGGUGCCGGAAAACAGUGAUUUGGCGGUAAUACACACAAUUGUGGCCGACGAUUUGGAUGAGGGAGCCAACGGGGAGAUUGUGUAUAGCAUUAUUGGUGGCAACACUGGCAAUAAAUUCAGCCUUGAUAUGCACACCGGCGAACUGACAGCUCGCCCCUUGGAUCGUGAACAACAAUCUCGUUAUAUUCUCCAAAUCCAAGCCACCGAUCGCGGUUCCCCGCUCAGCUAUCAGGGCCACUGCAACAUCACCGUUCUGGUGGAGGAUCAGAACGAUAAUGACCCCCAUUUCGAACAGGCCAAGUAUGUGACAAGUGUCGCCGAAGAUGUGUCGGUGAGUACAAGUGUGUUGCGCAUCAAGGCCAGCGAUGAUGAUUUGGGUAUUAAUGCCCGCCUGCUGUACACCCUGGCGAAUGAGACACAGUGGCAGUUUGCCAUCGAUAAUAAAAGUGGUGUCAUCACCACCGUGGGCCCCUUGGAUCGCGAGCGUCAACAUGUCUACAACUUCAUGGUGGUGGCAACAGAUGGUGGUCGCUAUGAUUCUCGCUCUGCCCGUGUGCCUGUACAAAUCUCCAUUGACGAUGUGAAUGACAAUAAACCCCUCUUCGAACGUUAUCCCUUUCGGGCCCAAGUGCCAGCCCUCAUACAACCCGGCCAGACAUUGGUACAAGUUAUGGCCACCGACAAAGAUUUGGGUUUAAAUGGUGAGGUUAUCUAUUCUCUCAAGGAGCAAGAUGACCCAUCGACAAGGGGGAAAUUUCGCAUUAACCCAAAUACAGGGGUGGUGAGUGCCACCCAAAGUUUGGCCAGCGAAUCGGGUCGCCUGCUGCAUUUGGAGGUGGUGGCCCACGAUAAGGGCCAGCCAUCACUGCAGACGGAGGGUUUGAUUGAAUUGCUGAUUGGAGAAUUGCCACAAGGUUCAAGUUCGUUGCGUUUUCAAAACGAUACCUAUCGGGUGAAGUUGAAGGAAAAUUCCGAGGAGGGUUUAAAGGUACUGCAGGUCACCGCCUUGAGAUCGGAUGGCAGAAGGGCCAAACUGGUGUAUUCCUUUGGUACGGGUAAUGAAAAUCAGGCAUUUAGCAUUGACCCGGUAACGGGGGAAAUUAAGGUGGCCAACAGUGGGGAGCUGGAUUAUGAACGCUAUGCUGGCACAAUGGAGGAACAAAUGCAAAAUAAUCAAAAAUAUUUUCAAAAUUAUCGAGGCCGUUCGUUGGCCUAUGAAGAGGGUGGAGAGAAUGGCACCAGUUUUUUGGUUAUGGAGGGAGAUGAUGUUGAUGAUUUGUCGGCGAACUUUCGCAAUAAUCGGGCGCUGCGUAGACGUGAAAUGGAUGAGCUCCCCGUAUUGCUGGCCUCCUCAAUACAGCCGCAUGAACUGCGCCUUAUGCUGGUGACCCAAAGUGAAUCGCACAGCGGUGCCAUGCCAUUGUAUGCCUACGCCGAACUGAUUGUGGAGCUGGAAGAUGUCAACGAUAAUAGUCCGGUGUUUACACAGACCCAGUAUGCGGCCACCGUGUGGGAGGGCAACAACAAGGGCACGUUUGUGGUGCAGGUCUCUGCUUUCGACCAGGACACGGGCCCCAAUUCGCGCAUACUCUAUCACAUCGUCGAUGGCAAUCAUGAUAAUGCAUUUGUCAUUGAGCCGGCCUUUAGCGGCAUUGUUAAGACGAACAUAGUGUUGGAUCGUGAAAUUCGUGACAUGUACAAGCUCAAAGUGAUCGCCACCGAUGAGGGGGUGCCACAGAUGACAGGCACAGCAACGAUACGUGUCCAUAUUGUAGAUGUGAAUGAUAAUCAGCCGACGUUUCCACCGCACAGUGUGAUCAAUGUUGGUGAAGGCACUGAAUUAGGAUCUGUGAUUACCACCAUCUCGGCCAAUGAUGUGGACACCUAUCCGGCCUUAACCUAUCGCUUUAGCAUGGAAUUGCCCGAUCAACAGCAGCAGCACAGUCACAACCACCACCACCACUAUUCCCACCACCAGCUUCUUGCCACAGAUGACGAUUUGUUAUCGUCCGACAUUAAGUCCAUAUUUGCCAUAGAUCGUUACAGCGGCAAAGUUGUCUUGAAACGUCACUUGGACUAUGAACAGCAGCAGGAAUACCAAUUGGAAAUAAUUGCAUCGGAUGCGGCCCAUGAGGCACGUUGUACGCUGACCGUACGUGUGGGAGAUGAAAAUGAUAAUGCUCCGGUUUUCGAAGAGCCAGCCUAUUUUGCCAUGCUGCCCGAAGUGUCGGCGAGUGCAGCUUCGCUGACCUCAGAUAUUGAGCUGUUGCGUGUCAAUGCCACCGACCUGGAUUCGCCGGAGAGUGAUAAUGCCAAAAUCCUCUACAGCAUCGAGCCAAUUGUCAAGGGUUUCAGUGUCAAUGAGCAGACGGGGGCGGUGUAUGUCAACAUCAGUCGUUUGGCAGGGCCAGAGAUGGAGGGCCUGCAAGAGGAUUUGUUUGUAAACAUUGUGGCCAUGGACAAGGGUAAGCCACCCAUGAAAUCUUCCACCACCCUUAGGGUCCAGGUCCAAGGUCAUAAUGCGGCCAGGGCCCAGUUUCUGCAAAGCCACUAUCGGGCCCACAUUAAUGAACAAGCUUCCUUGGGUACUGUGGUCCUGAAACUCAGCCAGGAUAUUUUGGAUGCCAACACUGAUUUCAGUGAUUCCAAUCUCAUGUUCACCAUUGUGUCGGGCAAUGAGGAGGGGAGAUUUCGUGUCUUCCAAUCGCAGGCCAUAAUUCUGGUGAAACCCUUGGAUCGAGAACAAAUGGAUUUGUAUAAACUACGGCUGGUCAUCAGUGAUCCCUCGGCCUCGCCGCAGCAGUUGGCCUCCCAGGCUGCCGAGAACUCCACCUCGGCCAUCAAUGUUUUUGUAUCCGUCGACGACUUCAAUGACAAUGCUCCACAAUUUGUGAACUCUACACGUUAUGAGGCGGAGGUCAGUGAAUUGGCCCCCUUGCGUUAUUCCAUUGCCCAACUGCAGGCCAUAGAUAUGGAUGCCGACAAUACACCCAACUCGGAGGUGGUCUAUGAAAUCAUGUCCGGCAAUGAUGAGGGUAUGUUCACCAUUGACCUGGUGACAGGAGUACUCUUCGUUAACAACAAGCUAGACUACGAUACUGGUUCCAUGUGUUAUGAACUGAUUAUACGGGCCUGUGAUAGUGCCCUAGGGCAUCCCCUGUGUUCCCUGCGAGCAUUUCGCCUGACUCUCAAGGAUGAGAAUGACAAUGCGCCCAUGUUUCCCGUGACGGAAUUCAUUGAAUUUGUAGCCGAAAAUGAGCCGGUGGGCACGAGUGUGUUUCGGGCCCAUGCCACAGAUUUGGAUCGGGGUACAUAUGGCCUCCUGAACUACAGCAUAGAACAUGAGGCCGUGGGUUCGGAUGAUGUGGCCUGGAAACUGUUUCGUGUGGAUGCCGAAUCCGGUGUGGUCACCACAAACUCCGUUUUCGAUUUUGAGCAACGCAGCCGGUUUGAUUUCAUCCUAAGGGCCAUGGAUACAGGAGGCAAAUCGUCCAAGGUAAAGGUACGCAUACAAAUCGACUCGCGUGAUGAAUAUGCUCCUCAAUUUACCGAACGUACCUAUCGAUUUGUCAUGCCCUCACCCUCGAGUGGUUAUUUACCAUUGGGUUAUGUUGUGGGCCAGGUCUCGGCCACCGAUCGUGAUAAGGGGCCAGAUGGUAGAGUGGUAUAUCAACUGAGUUCCCAGCAUGCCUAUUUCAAAGUGAAUCGCACCACCGGAGCUGUGGUCCUGAAGAAGAAGUUGGAUGAUAAUUUUGAUGAUGGCCGGGACAUUAGCUUGGUUAUCUCGGCCAGUUCGGGGCGUCAGGGUUCCCUUACCAAUAUGACAGUGGUGGAGAUUUCAUUGGAUCCUUUGGCGGAUAUUAACACCAAUUUGGCCAGCAGUGCAGGGGGCAUUGCCUCAUCUGGAGGAGGUAUUGCCGACUGGGUGCUGGGUCUAAUAAUUGCAGUUUUGCUCAUUCUCUGUGCCGUGGCUGGCAUCUUCCUCUUUAUACGCAUGCGUAGUCGUAAACCCAGGAAUGUGGUAAAGCCUCAUCUGAAUACCGAACCCGUGGGGAAUUCCAAUAGCUAUGUGGACCCCAGUGCCUUUGAUACCAUACCCAUACGGGCCUCCGGCCUAAAUGCCAUUAACAGUGGCAACAAUAAUCCCAGCACAUCGGGAGCCAUGGCCUCGGCCCAAUUUGCCCCACCCAAAUACGAUGAAAUUCCUCCCUAUGGCAAUCAUGCGGGGAGUUCUAACUCCGGAGCAGCAACCACCUCAGAGCUGUCGGGAUCCGAGCAGUCAGGUUCAAGUGGACGUGGAUCUGCCGAGGAUGAUGGUGAGGAUGAAGAAAUACGCAUGAUCAACGAGGGCAACCUAAGGGCUGGGGCAGCGGGAGAGGACGGACGUCUCUCAGAUAUCUCCGUGCAAAAUACCCAAGAAUAUCUGGCCCGUUUGGGUAUUGUGGAUCGUGACAAUGAUCCAACGGGAGUGGCAUCGAGUACCAGUAUGGCAGGCUCCAACAAGGAGGCCCACAUUCAUCAUCCCCUGCCCAUGGUCGAUUCGCUGCACAUGUAUUCCGAGGAUCCGAACAAUGAGGCGGACAUAACCAAUUUAAUCUAUGCCAAAUUAAAUGAUGUCAAUGGUGCUGCCUCGGAUCGGGCCAGCAGCAAUGAUGAGGCUGCGGCGGCGGCAAAUAUGGCGCCUAAUGUCAAUCAUGUCAUGGCUUAUGGCAAUCAUCCGGGGGUGAAUCCUGCCAAUGUGGGCCCCUCUAUGACAGGGUCCCUAAGCUCCAUUGUACACAGCGAAGAGGAGUUGAAGGGUAGCUACAACUGGGAUUAUCUACUCGAUUGGGGACCCCAGUAUCAACCCCUUGCCCACGUGUUCUCCGAAAUUGCCCGCCUUAAAGAUGACAAUGUCUCGGUGAAUAGUGGCCAAAGUGGUGGCUCGUCGAGCAAUAAAAGUAAACAAAGUCUGGCGCAUUCCAUUGCCAGUGUGGUCAAGACACGAAUACCACCGCCCAUGUUGACAAAUGUUGCUCCACGGGCGAUAAAUUUACAGGUCCUUUCCGGUUCCGGGGUAAAUAUGCGCAUGCCUCCCGGUAAUAAUCCUCAUCACAUGAGUGGGACAGCCACAACCCAUUUAGGUUCCACACCACAAUAUAUGCUACCCCGCUCACCCAUUAAUCAUGAAACAGCUGGAGGUUUCUCAACCUCAACGGCAAUGUCACCUUCAUUUUCACCCUCAUUAUCACCCCUGGCGACAAGGUCACCAUCCAUAUCACCCUUGGGGGGACAUCAUAUGGUCAAUAUGCCAGCGAGACAUCAACCUCAACCACAGCAGCGGAGUAAAAAUAUGGUCGAACAGAUACGAAUGUAG